GAAUAAUUGGUGCCCCAUUGCUGACUGGAUUUUCAGUCUAAAUCAAAGCGUAUUUCUUCACAUUGGAUCAUUUCCUUUCGUCUUCACCAAUUUAACCAUUUCAGUUAGUUAGGUUUAGAAAUUGACAUUCUUUUCAAAUACUUAAAAAAACUUUCAACAAAAAAACUUUCUCAAAGGUAAUAGUUGAUUUGAUACAUCAAGACAUUGCCCUUCUUUCAUUACCCCCCUUCAGUUUAUUCCUCAACUUAUUCCUCAGCUUAUUCCUCAGCUUAUUUCGAAAACGAAAAUUAUUUCAUUUUACUACUUUAUGAUCAUUUAAAGGAGGAGUAAAAAAAUUAUUCAGGAAUUCAUUCAUUAGCAUACAAAAAUAACUCAACCUACAACCAUCAAUUGCAUCAAUUGAUAAACCGUCAAUAUAUAGGGGAUCUACAAUUUACUUCCCUCAACCCUUUUCCAGAAAAAUUUGAGGUUUUUCACAAAUUCUCGCUAAAAAAUAAUUUUAGCAGCAAAACCCCCCCCCCACCUAUUAAAUUUUUACAACCAACCAAUUCAAAUAAAAUUGAAACUAAACACUUUAUAUCAUGAACAACUCACCAGAUUCGUUUUAUCUGGUACGAUACCAUUGUGCCUCGUUGAAGUCUCAACAACCAUUUCUUCAAUCCAUGGAAUUUAGAGCUCAUAACAAUACUGUCAAUGAAUAUUGUGACGAAAUGCUUCAACAUUUAUUAAAUAUUCAAUGUAAGACUCACCCAAACUUACUGCUUAUUCAACAACAACCAGAAAUUAAUUUGAAAAUGAGACCAUUACUCCUUGACUUCUUGAUGGAUGUAAUCAAUAAAUUGAAUUUAUCAAAGUCAACAUUCCCAUUAUGUGUUAACUUGAUCGAUAGAUAUUGUUCUACAAGAAUUGUCAAGAAACAACAUUAUCAAUUAUUAGGAUUAACAAGUUUAUGGAUCAGUUGUAAAAAUUCAGAUUCUAAAAUCAAAAUUCCAAAUUUAAAUGAUUUAUGUAAAAUGUGUUGCAAUUGUUAUGAUAAAAAAUUGUUUUUGGAAAUGGAAAAUCAUUUACUUAAAUCUUUAAAUUGGAUGAUAAGUUUCCCAACUUUUGAUUCAUUUAUUGAUAUUAUUUGUAAAGAAUAUUCCACUUAUCAAAUCUUUAAUGGUUCUAAUUUCACCCUCAAACAAGUGAAAUAUUUAUCAAUUUAUAUCUGUGAAUUAAUUCAAUUCUAUCCAAACAUUUAUUUUAAUUAUAAUAGUUGUGAAAUAUCUUCAAGUUCAUUUUUAAUAAGUUUAUUAAUUUUGAAUUUUAAGAUUAAUUAUUCAGUUGAAAUUUUGAAAUUGAAUAAAUUAGCUGGUUCCAAAGAAUUAAUUAAUUUAAAGAAUUUUAUUUCACUUUUCAAUUCUUUAAUUAAAGUUCUUAAAUGUCCACCACCAUCAUUGAAAUUAAAAUAUUUCAAUAAACUGAAUAAAAAUCUUAAUUUAAUGCAAUUAUUAAUCAAAUUUUGCAAUAUUAAUUUGACUCCAGUUUCACUGAAUCCAAUCACUCCAAAGAAUUCAAUUCAUAAAUUGAAUCAUUUCCCUCCUACUCCAUUAUCUUCCAAUAUUAGUCCAACUAAUAACGCUCAUAAUCAUAUUCAUAAUACUCAUAAUCAUAACAAUGAUUCAUAUAAAGAUUUCUUGCCCAGUCCAAGAUUAUCUCCUCAUAAUUCAACCACCACUUAUUUCCAAAGUAGUCCACCAUUUACUCCAUUGGAUGUAAAAUCCUUAAAUGAUUCUAUGAAUAUCCCCGUUCUUGCACCAGGGUCAAACUAUCAAGCUACUACUACUACUACUACUGCUACUUCUACGAAUGCUGCAUACAACCCUGCUUGUGGAGUUAAUUUGGCCGCUACUACACAUAACAUAACUGAAAACGAUACCAUGAAUAAUAAGAAUAUUUCCUCUUCAUCAUCUUUGGUGAUUGAAUCUGAGGAGAAAUUAACGAAUUCUCCAUCUUUCUCUCCACCAUCUGUUGUUAGUAACAAUUCAAGUUUCUUAUCAACAUCUGCAGUUUCAAUGAAAACUUCAAUUUCUGCUCCAAUUUUAAAUAAAAAGCGUUCUUAUCAAAUUCUUUCAAUUGAUCAAGAUUCAAUUGCUAUUGAUGAAAACGAUAAUUUAAAAAGAUCAAAAUCUCAGAAACCGGUAUUUUUCAUCAGUUGAAGAAUGGAGAGUCAUUUAGAGUUCAUUUAUACAUUACAUUGAGCUAUCUAUCUCACAAGCUCAAGUCACUACCAACAUCCUUUUGCAUUUUUUACUUCCCAACUCGGUCAUUGUGAAAUUAAUAUAGAUAUGAAUAAUUUAGAUUAGAAAUACAAACCACAUAUCAUUUUAAAAAUAUU